AUGGAGGCCUGGCUAGACCGCGAGGCCGACGCGUCUUCCCGGGCCGAGCCCACUACGGCCCACCCGUGCUUCGAGGAAGAUGCAUCCCGGUGCUUCACGCCGGCCAACUUCGCCAUCGUCCGGCAGGAGAUCGAGGCGAUGGGCGAGAUCGCGGUGGUCGACACCAUGGCUAGCAGCUCUGACGGCUCCGGCGACAAGGAACCGAACGCCCAGGGCUACUUGUACCUAGAGAUCAACCAGGCCAUGGGAGACCACCUGCACCAGCAACAGCUGGAUCUUGCUCCUGGUUUCAGGUUUCAUCCGACAGAUGAGGAACUCAUCAGGUUCUACCUGAACCCAAAGGUGAAGGACAAGAGCUUUUGCACAACCGCCAUUGGAGAGGUGGAUAUGAACAAGUAUGAUCCAUGGGAGUUCCCGACGAAGGCAAAUAUGGUGGGGCAAGAAAACAAGUGGUACUUCUACUGCCAGAAGGACCGCAAGUACCCCACAGGCCGCAUGACCAACCGUACCACAAAAGCCGGAUACUGGAAGGGCUCCGGCAAGGACAAGGAGAUCUACCAUGGCCAUGGCCUCCUUGUUGGCAUGAAGAAGACACUUAUCUUCUACCGGGGUAGGGCUCCUAAUGGCGAAAAGACCAAUUGGGUCAUGCACGAGUACAGAACCAUCGAAACCACCAGCGACAACAAGAUGCCCUCUAAUUCCAAGAGCGAGUGGGUGGUUUGUAGGAUCUACCACAAGAGCAGUGGGAUCAAGAAGGAGGAGGUGCCUUCGUACCCCAUGGAUCCCAUUAACAAUGAGCACAUCAGUAUGCCCAUGUCUAUGCCCAUGGGAAAUCAGCAGGAUGGCUUCGACUCCGAAACUGCAAUAUCCACAAUACAACUGCCUCCCCUCAUGGACCACUUCUCCAUGUACCAGCUGGAUGGCAGCGUUGGAUCAUCAACGUCGGGGAAUAACCAAGCACCCAUGCCCUUCUACCAACAGCACAUGCAGAUGCCAAUAACAGCAGAUGAGGGCUACAUGGUAGCACCGGUGAGCGGGCCAUCAUCCAUGAUGUCGCAAGACGACACGGAGGCCGCCACCGCCGAUGAAUUCCCAUUUGUGUUUCAAAGAGGCAUGGAAGGCAUGUGGAUAAACUGA